UCAGUUGUGUAACCCUGUCGGACUUCCUGCCUUUGUUGUGCUCCGCAGUCCAGUCAGCGUGAGCACCUGUGUCUGCUGGCUAGUGGCUGUUUAUAGAUAGUUCACAUGCUCCGAGACCUUCCUAGAGUUCUUCUCAUUUCUCCACUGACACAGGGGAGCGGCAGCCAUCUUUGUUGUCUAUUUCAGAAUGCUAAGGAGUGGAAGCUGUUCACAGGUAAAGUAGAGACGAAGCAGUGGGGCUGUGGAAAGGAGUCAACAAGAGACACUCACACAUACACACACACACACACACACACACACACAGGCAGACCUCUGAAAGAUUGAUGAGGUCCUCUCAGGACCCACAAGGCCUGCUUUGGAGUCGAUAAGGCGGCUUCUAUUUCACCUCCAUUCAUCCCUCCUCCUCUUUUAAUUGGACACGCCAGGACGAGGGGUGAGGCUGCAAAGCGCCACGGCGGAUGAUGACAAAUUUAGGGCCCUUGGCGGCGAAGGACGGGAAUCAGGAGCCAUGAAAGGCCGCAAGAAGGACGCGUCGCUACGGGUGUGUAGCUCCACGUCGGAGAGCGGCGAGCCGGGCGACACCAUGUUGUUGUUAAAGUGGCGGAGUAGCAGGGGGGCAGUGAAGCCACAGAGCUGAGAGUAGCUUAAAACACAUACAGUACACACCCAGGACAAUGUGCAACAUCUCCUUCUGCAAUGUGGACAGCAAGGUGGACCAGUACUUCCAGCCGGCGCUCUACAUCAUCGUCAUCGUGCUGGGCCUCCCCACCAACUGCAUGGCGUUGUGGGCUGCCUACAUGCAGGUACGCCAACACAACGAGCUAGGCAUCUACCUGAUCAACCUGUCGGUGGCGGACCUGCUGUACAUCAGCACACUUCCUCUGUGGAUCGACUACUUCCUGCAGCGUGAUGACUGGAUUCACGGCCAAGAGAGCUGCAAGCUCUUUGGUUUCAUCUUCUACACCAACAUCUACGUCAGUAUCGCUUUCCUCUGCUGCAUCUCUCUGGACAGAUACCUGGCUGUGGCCUACCCCAUGAGGUUUGUCAAGGUGCGACGCAUCAAAACAGCCAUCUUGGUCAGCGCCACGGUCUGGAUCAUCGAGAUCGUGGCGAACUCUGCGCCGUUGUUCCACGAUGAGCUCUUCCAAGGUCGCUUCAACCACACCUUCUGCUUUGAAAAGUACCCCAUGCAGGACUGGGUGGCCGGGAUGAACCUCUACAGGACCUUCCUGGGAUUCCUGGCUCCGUGGACCGCCAUGCUGGUGGCCUACCGUGGCAUCCUGGUCGCCGUGCGUUGCAACGUGUCAACCGAGCAGCAGGAAAAAGCCAAAAUCCAACGGCUGGCGUUAAGCCUGAUUCUGAUUGUGCUGUUCUGUUUCGGGCCAUACCACGUUCUCCUCCUGGUGCGGAGCGUCAUGUUUCUGAGGAAGCCGUGUGACUGCGGCUCAGAGGAGAGCUUGUUUGCGGCCUACCAUGUCUCGCUGGCGCUCACCAGCCUCAACUGUGUCGCCGACCCCAUUCUGUACUGCUUUGUCAACGAGGGGGCCAGGCACGACGUGGGCCGCGCUCUCUCGGCUUUGCUAUCUGCGGCGUGCCACAGAGGCACCGACUCCUCGCCGUCGCAUGCCGACAUGCUCAACGGCGCUUCCGUGACCGUGGAAACUCCCUUAGCUGCAAAGAAGCAGCCGUGCGUUUACGCGGAUGGCGGAAAAACCAGCAGCUACAAGACGGAACUGGUGGCACUGAAGGAGGAAUGUCUGCAGAUGAGCAUCCUCAGGAAGUAAAGCCGUGGAAGGUGCCAGAACAAGCUUACCGAUUGCAAGAAGAGGGCUUUGGACAUUUGUCUGGUCUUGAAUCCACUUAAGCCACACCCACUCGUAUGGAGACCUUGCUUUGAAGCGUCUUGAUUGCUUGUCUGUUUUAUUUUUUCCAAGGAAAACACAAAGUCUGUAAGUUAUUUCUUAUGUUGUAAAGAAUAAAUGAUAUCUGGCACAAGAUGGCUGAAAUAGAUGCGAUGUAAGGUCCAACGUACCACAUAAAAAGGGGAACCCACGUAGGUUGAUCCCACUUCUGUCGCCAACCCGUCUACAUCCAAGCGUCCAACAUAUUAUUAAUAUUUAAAAAAUGUGCGUGUGUGUGCUAUUGUGACUUUUUCUAUAUAAUUUAGUAGAUAAACUGAAUUUGAAUUUGUAGAUACACGCUUAUCAUAAGACAGAAGUUUAUUUCUAAUGCAGUGCGCGUGACUCAUGACCAAGCACAGAAGGGUAAAUGUAAAUCACGUUUUCUGGCUACAGAAUUUAAACAUUUGCAAACGUAUUCCUCCCACCACUGUGACCAAUGUGACCCAGAAUCCUUUUUUUUUUCCACAUCAUGUGUCAUGUUGUAAUCCGAGAAAAAGUGCCAUCCACCACCACUGAAAACUGCAAACACGAUAAAAAGCAAAUCACAUUAUCACAAAUGCCCUCCCCAUUUUCAGCAUCUUCAAAUGGUCAAACACCUAACACCCCCCACGGAGAGCCACACAUAAUGGUUCCGAUCCAUUCUAGUGUGUGAAUUAUGUUGUGAGGGAAUAAAAACAUCAUGAACCCUGAGGCGUAAGGACUACUUCCUGGGAUGGUCCCCGUGGUGAUGAGCGAGCCGUGUCAAUGUAAGGUCUGUUAAUCGGACCGUUUGCACAUUCAGUAGAGGACGUCAGUGUGAUCCGCUGCAGUCAGGAUCGUUUGAAUCCGAGCUGCUUCAAAUCAUCAUCAUCACUUCUGUCGACUGUGUCUAUUUUAUGAUCAUACUGUAUGUUACAUUAAUUCCGAUACUGUCAUUUUGUCUCGUUGGCAAAGAGACUAUUCAGUAAAAUGUUCUUUGUUUCGGUUUACAACCCUCAGUAGGAAAACUUUCUCACGGUACCCAGACGGGUCGGACGCAGAACAAACAAACUGCAGCAGUAAAGAAUACGGUGGACGUGACUUUUCAUGUUUAUCUUACCCCCCGCAAUAUGGCCGCCUGCGGAGCAUGGACGCCAUGAUGGGAAGGAGAUCAAAUUACAACCAAACAAUUGUUAUCUAAUUACUGGAAUGAACUGCUGUACACAGCUUAGAUUGAGUGAACAACUUGAUAAUGUCCCAUAUCCUGUCAUUAAAGCAAAUGUGUCUCUCCACAAAGUUCAAUGUGGAAUAACACAACGUUGCUGGUGGAUGUUUAAAUAUCUUUAAAUGGGAACUUUUGGGGGAAUUUUGCCCAUCAUUACCAAUCCUUAUGUGAAACAUGAACACAUCUUUAUUUCCCUUUUCUGUGCAUUUCUGUGCUAGGUAUGCACUCUUCCGUCUGUGAAUGAUGCUGUGGCGAGCUGUUGUUAGUUACUUAGUAUCAAUGCACCAAGGAAAAAGUUUUGGUUGUGUUGUAAAUCAUCAAAAUAUGGCAAGAAACUAUUACAUGUUAUCAUCACUGUACAUGUUAAUGCAUGAUCACAUGCAUGCAUUUAUCAAAGGAUUUUUUAGAGGGUUUAGUCAAAAUAGGUGUAUACCAAUGACUUCUAUUGUAAUUGACCUGAAAACAACUUGUUUUCUCGUGUUAGAAUACACAGAAAAGGGGACAAAUAUGUGUUCAUGUUUCACACAUGGAUUGGGAAUGAUGGGCAAAAUUCCACAAAAGUACAGUUCCCCUUUAAAAGAAUAUUGAAAACAAUCUGUAUCUGAACAAAACCUGGCCCAAUGGCGCCAUCUUUUGUCUCAGAACCACCACGACACGUCCAUCAACCAGAAUAAAAAAUUGUCAUUUUAUUACAUCACUGGAUAUUUCGAUUGAAGUGAAUGAAUGAAUGAAAUUAUAAUCGUUCCCGAGAACUUGCCUCUUAAUGUUGGUUGUUCACACUGACGAAAAAACCCUCAACUGAUUUCAAUGAAAUAGCAGCCAACACCCUGUGAGGCAAGGACAAUUAUUAUUGUUAUUUAUGUAACAUUUCAUGUAUACUUAUUUUAUUGUAUGCAUUUUACUCUUAUAUUUGUUAUUUGUGUUUAUCGAGUAUUAGCUUUUUUUUACAAUUAACUUAAAUAUGUUAUGUAUGCCUUCCUCCGUGUACAGCUAUCGUUU